UAUUCUAUACUUCAUUUUCUCUCUAUCCCUAUGUGUGUGUACAGGUUUCUGGAUUACCUCUCUGAUCUGUGUGUGUCGAUGAACAAGUCCAUCCCCGUCACACAGGAGCUGAUCUGUAAUGCCGUGCUGGACCCAGCUAACGCCGACAUCCUCAUAGAAACAAAACUCGUGUUGUCUCGGUUCGAGAUCGAUUCUCUGAAUAUCGGAGAGCCUCCACUGGAGGCGGAGGAAGAUGUGGAAGAGGUGUGGUUGUUUUGGAAAGACAGCGGGAAGGAUAUCCGCAACAAGAGCAUCAGGGAGCUGGCACAAGAUGCCAAGGAAGGCCAGAAGGAAGACCAGGAUGUUGUCAGUUACUACAGGUACCAGCUGAACCUGUUUGCUCGUAUGUGCCUCGACCGCCAGUAUCUGGCCAUCAACAAGAUCUCAGGUCAGCUAGACGUGGACCUGAUCCUACGCUGCAUGUCGGACGAGGACCUGCCCUACGACCUGCGUGCUUCCUUCUGCCGCCUCAUGCUGCACAUGCACGUGGAUCGCGAUCCCCAGGAACCCGUCACGCCCGUCAAAUACGCCCGUCUGUGGUCCGAGAUCCCCUCCAAGAUCGCCAUCGAUGAUUACGAUAACGACGGCACCAGCAGAGACGAAAUUAAGGAGCGUUUCGCUCUAACUAUGGAGUUCGUCGAGAAUUAUCUGAGAGUUGUGGUUUGUCAAAACGUUCCUUUCUCAGACAAGGAGAAAAACAAGCUGACGUUCGAGGUGGUGAACUUGGCACGGAACCUCAUCUAUUUCGGCUUCUACAGCUUCAGCGACUUGCUGCGUCUGACCAAGAUCCUGCUCGCCAUAUUAGACUGUGUGCACGUCAGCACCAUAUAUCCCAUCAACAAAUUGGAGAAGGGCGACGAGAACAAAGCAGGUAGUAACGUCAUGCGGUCUAUCCAUGGCGUUGGCGAACUGAUGACUCAGGUCGUGCUCAGGGGGGGCGGCUUUCUGCCCUCCACCCCUACAGCACCUCCGGACGGAGAAGUAGGCAAGACCCAGACAGAGCCUGAGAAGGAGGACAUCCUGGUGAUGGACACCAAGCUAAAGAUCAUCGAGAUCCUCCAGUUUAUCCUGAACGUUCGUCUGGACUACAGGAUCUCCUGCCUGCUGUGCAUUUUUAAAAAAGAGUUUGAUGGAAGCAAUACUCAGACCGACACGCCGCCCAACCCCAAUGCUAACGGUAACAGUAGCGCUAAUGCUACUACUACAACAGCUACCACUAACGGAGACGGUCUUAACAGUAUGCCGGCACUAGAUUAUGAGAAGAUCGAAGAGCAGGCCGAGGGGAUCUUUGGUGCGAGCGAGGAGAACACACAGCUGGACCUUGAUGACCACGGAGGCAGAACUUUCCUGAGGGUUCUUCUGCACCUUACCAUGCACGACUACCCUCCGCUGGUGUCUGGGGCUUUACACCUACUCUUCAGACACUUCAGCCAGAGACAGGAAGUGCUCAUGGCUUUCAAGCAGGUUCAGCUCCUGGUGACUAGUCAGGAUGUUGAGAACUAUAAACAGAUAAAAUCAGACCUAGACCAGCUGCGCUCCAUCGUGGAGAAGUCAGAGCUGUGGGUGUACAAGCGUCAGGGAGACGAUGCUCUGGAUGGAGGUGACGGACCUGCUGAAGCUGACCACCAAAAAAAGGGAGACUGCAGUGGCAUGGAGAAAAAUAUAACCGAGAGCACAAGCAGCUAUAAUUACAGGGUUGUCAAGGAGAUCCUAGUACGGCUCAGCAAGUUGUGCGUUCAGGAAGGAGCUUCAGGGAAGAAAAGUAAGAAACAGCAGCAAAGGCUGCUGAGGAACAUGGGAGCUCACACGGUGGUACUCGAGCUGCUUCAGAUCCCGUACGAGAAGGGUGAGGACAUCAAAAUGCAGGAGAUCAUGAAGCUGGCUCACGAGUUCCUGCAGAACUUCUGUGCCGGGAACCAGCAGAACCAGGCCCUGCUCCACAAGCACAUUAACCUCUUUCUCAAUCCAGGGAUCUUAGAGGCCAUCACUAUGCAGCACAUCUUCAUGAAUAACUUCCAGCUGUGCAGCGAGAUCAACGACCGCGUUGUGCAGCACUUCGUACACUGCAUCGAGACACACGGCCGACACGUCCAGUACCUCAAGUUCCUACAGACCAUCGUCAAGGCCGAGAACAAGUUCAUCAAGAAGUGCCAGGAUAUCGUGAUGGCGGAGCUGGUGAAUGCCGGAGAGGACGUGUUGGUGUUCUACAACGACCGAGCCUCGUUCCAGACACUGGUGCAGAUGAUGCGUUCGGAGCGAGACCGGAUGGACGAAAACAGCCCACUGAUGUACCACAUCCACUUGGUGGAGCUUCUGGCCGUGUGCACCGAGGGCAAAAACGUCUACACCGAGAUCAAGUGCAACUCCCUGCUGCCGCUGGAUGACAUCGUUCGUGUCGUCACUCACGAGGACUGCAUCCCUGAGGUGAAGAUCGCGUACAUCGACUUCCUAAACCACUGCUACGUCGACACAGAAGUGGAGAUGAAGGAGAUCUACACAAGCAAUCACAUGUGGAAGCUCUUUGAGAGCUUCCUGGUUGAUAUCUGCAGGGUCUGCAACAACACGAGCGACCGCAAGCACGCCGACUCCACGCUGGAGCGCUACGUCACCGAGACGGUCAUGAGCAUCGUCACGACCUUCUUCAGCUCCCCCUUUUCCGAUCAGAGCACCAGUUUACAGAUGGCACGUCACAUGUAUACCCGUCAGCCGGUUUUUGUGCAGCUGUUGCAGGGUGUUUUCCGGGUGUACCACUGCAGCUGGCUAACCCCCACCCAGAAGGCUUCGGUGGAGAGCUGUAUCAAAGUCCUCUCCGACGUGGCUAAAAGUCGGGCCAUCGCGAUUCCGGUCGACCUGGACAGCCAGGUGAACAACCUGUUUGUAAAAUCUAACAACGUCGUACAGAAGACCAUCUUGAACUGGAGGAUGUCGGCUCGGAACGCGUCCAGACGAGACUCGACGAUCGGCACGUCCAAAGACUACAGAAAUAUCAUCGAGAGGCUACAAGACAUUGUCUCUGCACUGGAGGACCGCUUAAGGCCCCUAGUGCAGGCUGAGCUCUCUGUCCUCGUGGACGUCCUUCACAGACCCGAGCUUCUCUUCCCCGAGAACACAGAGGCUCGGAAGAAGUGCGAGAGUGGAGGCUUCAUCUCCAAGCUAAUAAAACACACUAAGCAGCUGUUGGAGGAAAACGAGGAGCGUUUGUGCAUUAAAGUUCUUCAGACUCUCAGGGAGAUGAUGACCAAAGACCGAGGUUAUGGUGAGAAGCUGAUUUCCUUUGACGAUGAGCUGGAUGUGGUUGAGCUGGUUCCCCCGCCUGAGCCAGAGAACCUUGCAGAGGACCUUGAUCCCAACCAGCCACAGAAGCAACUGGAGGAUCAGAAACGGGGUGAAGCUUUAAGGCAAAUCCUUGUAAAUCGUUACUACGGCAACUUCAAGCCAGGAGGACGGAAGGACAGCUUGACCACCUUCAGCAACGGACCCAUUGGCCCUGGUGCACAAAGUAAAGCUCCCACAGGAACAACCGGAGGUUCGGUCGGAGCUCGAGGGGAGCUGAGCCUGGCUGAAGUGCAGUGUCACCUGGACCGAGAGGGCGCGUCUGACCUGGUCAUCGACCUCAUCAUGAACGCCACCAGCGACCGCAUCUUUCAGGAGAGCAUCCUGUUGGCCAUCGCCCUGCUUGAGGGAGGAAACCCUGUGAUACAGAGAUCAUUCUUUAUAAGGCUGACGAGGGACAACAAGUCCGAGAAGUUCUUCAAGGUGUUUUAUGAGCGGAUGAAACUGGCCCAGCAAGAGAUAAAAGCAACCGUGACAGUCAACACCAGUGACCUGGGCAGCAAGCGCAAAGACGAGGACGCGAGCGACAAGGAGGCGCCGACCAAAAAGAAAGUAAAGGAUGUCGCUGUGGUCACGGAAGAUGUACGCGAGCAGCUUCUGGAAGCUUCUACGGCCACAAAGAAGGCUUUCACUACGUACAGGCGGGAGGUGGACUCGGACGAGCAUCUGGGUGGUGGCGAGGUCCAGACCAACUCAGGGGAGAAGAACCAGGACGAGAACGAGAUGAGCGUGACCAUCACCAUCAUGCAGCCGAUCCUGCGCCUCAUGCAGCUGCUCUGUGAAAACCACAACCGCGAGCUGCAGAACUUCCUGCGCUGCCAGAACAAUAAGAACAAUUACAACCUGGUGUGUGAGACGCUGCAGUUCCUCGACUGCAUCUGUGGCAGCACCACAGGAGGCCUGGGGCUACUGGGGCUCUACAUUAACGAGAAGAACGUGGCUCUCAUCAACCAAACUGUGGAGAGCCUCACCGAGUACUGCCAGGGCCCCUGUCACGAGAACCAGAACUGCAUCGCCACUCACGAGUGUAACGGCAUCGACAUCAUCAUAGCGCUCAUUUUAAACGACAUCAAUCCUCUGGGCAAGAAGAGGAUGGACCUUGUGCUAGAGCUGAAGAAUAACGCCUCCAAGCUGCUUCUGGCCAUCAUGGAGAGCCGACACGACAGCGAGAACGCAGAGCGGAUCUUGUACAACAUGAGGCCCAAAGAACUGGUGGAAGUGAUAAAGAAGGCAUAUAUGCAAGGCGAGGUGGAAGUGGAGCACUCCGAGGAGGACGGGGAGGGCGAGGAAGAGCACGCCGCCUCCCCGCGCAACGUCGGCCACAACAUUUACAUCCUGGCUCAUCAGCUGGCCAGACACAACAAGGAGCUGCAGGCCAUGCUGAAAUCAGGAGGAACAUACGGCGAGGGCGACGAAGCUCUGGAGUACUAUGCCAAACACACGGCUCAAAUAGAGAUCGUGCGCCUGGACCGCACCAUGGAGCAGAUCGUCUUCCCCGUGCCCAACAUCUGCGAGUUCCUCACGCAGGAGUCUAAGCUGCGUGUGUAUUACACCACAGAGCGCGACGAACAGGGCAGCAAAAUCAACGACUUCUUCCUGCGCUCUGAAGACCUCUUCAACGAGAUGAACUGGCAGAAGAAACUCCGAGGUACUCAAGAGACCUCUGGUAGCGCAGACUCCGUGCCCUCUCAGCCCAUUCUGUACUGGUGCUCACGAAACAUGUCCUUCUGGAGCAGCAUCUCCUUCAACCUGGCUGUCCUCAUGAACCUGCUGGUGGCCUUCUUCUACCCAUUAGAGGGGGUCCGUGGAGGAACUCUUGAACCUCAUCUGUCUGCGUUGUUGUGGGCAGCCAUGUUGGUGUCUCUGGCCAUUGUAAUUGUGCUGCCGCAGCCUCAUGGGAUCCGAGCUCUAAUCGCGUCCACCAUCCUGCGUCUCAUCUUCUCUGUGGGCCUCGAACCCACACUGUUCCUCCUCGGGGCGUUCAAUGUGUGUAAUAAGGUGAUCUUCCUGAUGAGUUUUGUGGGAAACCGUGGGACCUUCACUCGGGGUUAUAAGGCCAUGAUCAUGGAUGUGGAGUUUCUGUACCACCUCCUCUACCUCAUCAUCUGCGUCCUGGGUGUCUUUGUACAUGUCUUCUUCUACAGUCUUCUGCUCUUUGAUCUGAUCUACCGAGAGGAAACCCUGCUGAAUGUCAUAAAGAGCGUGACGAGGAACGGGCGCUCUAUCGUGCUCACCGCCGUGCUCGCGCUCAUCCUCGUGUACCUGUUCUCCAUUGUCGGCUACAUCAUCUUCAAGGACGACUUCAUUCUGAACGUCGACCGAAUCCCGAAUAAAACACUCGAGCAAACCUCUACCAUGACGAGCGACUUCCUGACAGGUGGAGUUUGUCAGAAAGGAGGUGGUGGUGGUGAGAACUGUUCAGGGGAUGCCACGGUGGAAUCUGUGACAGCAAUGGUGGUGGAGGAUAAGGAGCGAACGUGCGACUCUUUGCUCAUGUGCAUUGUGACCGUGCUCAGCCACGGCCUCCGUAGCGGCGGAGGAGUCGGAGACGUGUUACGAAAGCCUUCUAAAGAGGAGCCUCUGUUUGCAGCCAGAGUCAUCUACGAUCUGCUUUUCUUCUUCAUGGUCAUCAUCAUCGUCCUAAACCUGAUCUUUGGCGUCAUUAUCGACACCUUCGCUGAUCUAAGGAGUGAAAAGCAGAAGAAAGAAGAGGUCCUGAAGACCACCUGCUUUAUCUGUGGCCUGGAAAGAGACAAGUUUGACAACAAGACGGUGACAUUCGAGGAACACAUCAAGGUGGAGCACAACAUGUGGCAUUACCUGUUCUUCAUCGUGCUUAUUAAAGUGAAGGACUCGACCGAGUACACGGGACCCGAGAGCUACGUAGCUGAGAUGAUCAGGGAGCACAACUUGGACUGGUUUCCUCGGAUGAGGGCGAUGUCGCUAGUGAGCAGCGACGCUGAGGGGGAGCAGAACGAGAUCAGGAACCUGCAGGAGAAACUAGAGUCCACCAUGAAACUGGUCUCCAACCUGUCUGGCCAGCUGACUGAACUGAAAGAGCAGAUGACUGAACAGCGUAAGCAGAAGCAGAGGAUCGGACUCCUCGGACAUCCCCAGCACAUGAAUGUGAACCCUCAGCAGCCUGCCUGAGUGUGUGUGUGUGUGUGUGUGUGUGUGUGUGUGUGUGUGUGUGUGUGUGUGUGUGUGUGUGUGUGUGUGUGUGUGUGUGUGUGUGUGUGUGUGUGUGUGUGUGUGUGUGUGUGUGUGUGUGUGUGUGUGUGUGUGUGUGUGUGUGUGUGUGUGUGUGGAUGAGCUUCAUCAGGCCUUGAACUGCCAUGUUACACAUCUGCCCUUAGAUGUAGACCUGCAAAACUCCUUCCAGACUUACGCACACUAACUAAGGAAAUAAUUUAAACAAACACAAAUUGUCGUGUCCCUCAGUCGAACGUUCGGUGACGGGGGACACUAGGACAUGGGGGACACUAGGACACGGGGCUACACUGGACAGAGAAAGAGACGUCGUUUUGUAUUUCCUGACCAGUAAGCAAGCAGUAUUUUAUGUCUUAUUUUUGUAUUUUGUGCAAUAUUACUACUUUAAUAUGCAAACGUGUCCAGAUGUAAAAUGUCUCUUAAUGAGACGAUAAUCAUUUCUCACGUUAAACGCUUUUCAUCGCCCUUCGUUUUUCCGCUACACGAUUCUACCGCGACGCCGUAGACUCGUAGCAUCAAGCACUUAGAGCCAACUUAGCACAAAUCGGACUUAACUAGUCACCCAGUUGCUUAUAUGGGCCUUUUUUCUUUCUUAUUUAUUGAUGUAUUUAUUUUAAAAAAAUGUAAUAAACGGCAUUUAAAGGGGACGGACUACACCACGGUGCACGCAUUCCUGCAUUAUCUUCUUUCCUUUGUUUUUGUUUUUUUUUUGUUUUUUUUUGUUUUUUGCCUGUUCAGAAAAUAAAUAAAAGGUCAUUAAUAUUUUGCAGUGUUAAAAUGAUAAGUUUAGCAUUUAAUCUGUUUAAGCUCUGGUAAUCUGGUAAACUCUGUUUCUGUGUUUUAAUUGUAAGUUACUAAGAAUCUAGAGCAUUAGAUUUUUAAGCAUCGUGUCUCAUAACAGUCGGAUGACGAGAGCCUCUGAGCGUCAGUGUGAGAUCUGCACCGAGAGCCUCAUCAGAGGUCCUGCGAUAGACCGAGAGAGAAACGCCUUCGUCAUCGACUACGCAAGACAUUUUUGUAAAAGCGGCACAAUGUAAUAAUCUCUACAGGAGCGAGUAAGUGCUCAGAACAAUACUUACAAACAGAUCUCUCUCUUAUGCUAUGAUUUUAUUUCACCUCUGUAAAAGAUGUGUAAUAUGUUUGUCAGGACUUUGUUCUUUAUAUAUAUAUAUAUAUAUAUAUAUAUAUAUAUAUAUAUAUAUAUAUAUAUAUAUAUAUAUAUAUAUAGAGAGAGAGAGAGAGAGAGAGAGAGAAACCUUUGUUUCCUAGAGACGUACUAUAAAUGAAUAGCACUGUUAAUGAAAGUUAGAUGAGAUAUUCAUUAUAAUUUAAUACAUGUCAAGACUGUAAAUUAAUUUAGCAAUAUUUAAUAAAUCCUGUAAUUCACCUUGAGAUAAGUUUUUUUUUUUUUUUGGUUUGUUUGUUUUUUCUUUGGCUUUGCUGCUCCUACAUGCUCGAAGUGUAAUGUGUGAUAUAUAUCGGUAUGAUGAUGAUGAACAUCUUCACUGAAUUCAAAAUAAGAAAGAGAAAGUAUUUGGAAUGACAAAAACAUGUCGGUACAAAACCCAACUCACUGCCUGGCAUCACACGGACAACGGGAAACCUACAAGCUGCUAGCGCUAGCCAAUCAGGAUCUGAAGUAAUCACGAUCUUUUUCAUCAUCGUAUCAUAAUCGUUUCACAUUUUUAGUAGUUUAUACUAAAGUUAUUGUAGUUCUAACUAACUUUUCUUACACGUACGUUAACUCUGUACCACAAACCACUCGGCCUGAUUAAACAGAACGGUUAAUAAACUUACGUUUGCAAUGUG